UGAAACGAAUUGGGUCAUUUUCGAGCCGAGCCGAGUUUAGCUCGAGUUGACCUCACCUCGACAACAACACUACGUAUGACGCAUGCAUUUAUGCCUCAUAACACUUGGUUGAUUUCAAAAUACCUAAUCAGUUAGACGGGCUGGUCACCAGUCUAGUUUUGCACACCUCUUGCACCAUCCACUAUGAAAUUCUGUCAUGCGCAACCAAUCUGCCAAAAACGAUCGCAUUUCCCACUAUUUUCAAGAUAUAGAAGCAGGCACCAUCGACCUCAGAGUAAUUCAGAGUCCCCUUUGCAACGGUUUUAUCACUUCGCAUAAAUCAUGCAUUUCAAGUCCUCCGUCGUCGUUGCUGCUUUGGCAGUAUGUAUGUCUAUUAUUUCACAGAUUGAUGGGACCAGUGGAUGCAAUACCGAAUACCAGCCCUGCACAGUGAACACUGAUUGCUGUAGCUCUCACUGUAAUUUGAGACGAAUUGCUCACCGAUGGGUUGGCAGCUUGUCAGUGACAAUGAGCAUAUCUAGACAUUCGUCGCUGACCUGUUCAAUCAUCAAUGUGAUUGUUGUUCCUGGAGUAUGGACAAAUUCCUUGCUUCGUGAGCGAUGACGGUACCUUUGAAUUAAUUUGAUCACUCAAAAUCGAC